AGGGGGGAGAAAAGGAAGGGGAAGGAAGCAGCUCAGAGCGGCAACAGCCGAGCAACGACGGCGGUGACCGGACAUGAACUUUAGCGAGCAGCCUGCAACUUUACUCAGUUUAGAGAGACGACGGAAGCAGCAGCAGCAGCAGCAGCCGCCGCUUCACUUCGCCUCUACUCGGUCAGGGGAAACAAGGAAGUGAGGAGCAGGCAGACUCCCAGUUGUUUUCCUCCGCACAAGAUUAUUUGGUGAGCAAAUGUUGACACAGGGGGCAAGGUGUUUCUAGGCUGAAAUACCCUUCCAUCUACCUCCACAGCUCUCGCUUUACACUCGAUCUACCUCGGCCUGUGUUGUGUUGAGUCCACCAUCGUCAGCGAACUCAGAAGAGGCCAGCGGAUCCCUUUUUGCUUCGUCAGUAGAUCUCUUCAGUAUCAGUCAACCAGCCGCCGUCGACGCUAGCAUCGUUAGCUGAACCCCUUGGUGAGGGAGGAUCCUCCUGAAGGAGUCAUGUUUCGCCCGGGUUUGUGAUGUCCGAGCCCUGCAACGGACCCGGACCAGUCGAAGAACGGGGGCGGAUUCGUCGAGACGUGCCCCGCUUUGUGAUUGGCUGUGAAGAGGAUGAGCAAGACAUGGGCCAAAUGGAGGCUGGCAUGAAGAACGAGAUGCUUCGUCAGGACGACAUGGAGGUGUAUGGAAAUGAAUCGCCGUCAGAGCGGCAGAUCCUUGUGGGAAUAUGUGCCAUGAUGAAGAAGUCCAAAUCGAAGCCCAUGACUGAGAUCCUGGAGAGGCUCUGUAAAUUUGACUACAUCGACGUCGUCAUCUUCCCUGAGGAGGUGAUCCUGGAGGAGCCUGUGGAGAAAUGGCCGCUCUGCGACUGCCUCAUCUCCUUCCACUCCAAAGGUUUUCCUCUUGACAAAGCUGUGGAAUAUGCUAAGCUCAGGAAUCCAAUGCUCAUCAAUGAUCUCAACAUGCAGUAUUUCAUUCAAGACAGGAGGGAAGUGUAUCGGAUCCUUCAGGAAGAGGGCAUCGACCUGCCUCGCUACGGCGUGUUAAACAGAGACCCUGACAAUCCUGAAGAGUGCAACCUGGUGGAGGGGGAGGACCAUGUGGAGGUGAACGGGGAGGUGUUCCCUAAGCCCUUUGUGGAGAAGCCUGUGUGUGCGGAGGACCACAACGUCUACAUCUACUACCCGACGUCUGCUGGGGGAGGCAGCCAGAGGCUCUUCAGAAAGAUUGGAAGUCGCAGCAGUGUCUACUCCCCAGAAAGCAACGUGCGAAAAACUGGAUCGUACAUCUAUGAGGAGUUCAUGCCGACUGAUGGCACCGAUGUGAAGGUUUACACAGUGGGCCCAGAUUAUGCCCACGCUGAGGCCAGGAAGUCUCCGGCCCUGGACGGUAAGGUGGAGCGAGACAGCGAGGGCAAGGAGAUCCGCUACCCCGUCAUGCUGACCGCCAUGGAGAAACUGGUGGCUCGCAAGGUCUGCCUCGCCUUCAAGCAAACCGUGUGUGGAUUCGAUCUGCUGCGAGCCAACGGCCAUUCCUACGUCUGUGACGUGAACGGCUUCAGCUUUGUGAAAAACUCCAUGAAGUACUAUGACGACUGCGCCAAAGUCCUGGGGAACAUGGUGAUGAGAGAGUUAGCCCCGCAGCUGCACAUCCCCUGGUCCAUCCCCAUGGAGGCUGAAGACAUCCCCAUCGUCCCGACAACCUCAGGGACCAUGAUGGAGCUGCGCUGCGUCAUCGCCAUCAUUCGUCAUGGAGAUCGGACCCCAAAGCAGAAGAUGAAAAUGGAAGUCCGUCAUCCUCUCUUCUUUGAGUUGUUUAAGAAGUAUGGAGGAUACAAGACGGGCAAGCUAAAGUUAAAAAAGCCAAAACAGCUGCAGGAAGUGCUGGACAUCGCCCGCCUGCUGCUGGUCGAACUCGGUCAGCACAACGACUGCGAGAUCGAGGAGAAGAAAUCCAAACUGGAGCAGCUCAAGACAGUGUUGGAAAUGGAAUCCAGCUUGAAUGUGAAUCAGUACGGCCAUUUCUCUGGAAUCAACAGGAAGGUCCAGCUGACCUACCUUCGAAACGGCCAGCCCAAAGCCUCCAGCGAAGAAGAAGACUGUAAGAAGGACGGCCCGUCCCUGCUGCUGGUGCUGAAGUGGGGCGGGGAGCUGACGCCCGCUGGCCGGGUUCAGGCCGAGGAGCUGGGCAGGGCCUUCCGCUGCAUGUACCCUGGAGGUCAAGGUGACUUUGCGGGGUUUCCUGGCUGCGGCUUGCUGCGUCUGCACAGCACUUACCGCCACGACCUGAAGAUUUAUGCCUCUGACGAAGGCAGGGUUCAGAUGACUGCUGCUGCGUUCGCCAAGGGCCUGCUGGCUCUGGAGGGCGAGUUGACGCCCAUCCUGGUUCAGAUGGUGAAGAGCGCCAACAUGAACGGACUCCUGGACAGCGACAGCGACUCUCUGACUGACUGCCAGCAGAAGGUGAAGGCCAGACUGCAUGAGAUCAUGCAGAAGGACCAAGAGUUCAUUCAAGACGACUUUCAGAAGUUGGCCCCGACCGGCAGUCCAUCCCUGGUGAACUCAAUGAAGGUCAUAGAGAAUCCGGUCAAAACCUGCGACAAGGUUUACGCGCUCAUUCAGAGCCUCAACUCGCAGAUUCGAAAGAGACUGGAAGACCCCAAAUCCGCAGAUUUGCAGCUGUACCACAGCGAGACGCUGGAGCUGAUGCUGCAGCGCUGGUCGAAGCUGGAGCGGGACUUCCGCAUGAAGAACGGCCGCUACGACAUCAGCAAGAUCCCGGACAUCUACGACUGCAUCAAGUACGACUCGCAGCACAACGCCUCCGUCGGCCUGGAGGACACGCUGGAGCUCUUCAGACUGUCCCGCGCUCUGGCCGACAUAGUCAUCCCACAGGAGUACGGCAUCAAUAAAGCGGAGAAGCUGGACAUCGCCCAGGCGUACUGCGUCCCUCUGAUGAAGAAGAUCUACCUGGACCUGCAGAGGACCCACGAGGACGAGGCCGUCAACAAGCUGCACCCUCUGUAUUCCCGCGGAGUGAUGUCUCCUGGUCGCCACGUUCGCACACGACUCUACUUUACGAGCGAGAGCCACGUCCACUCCCUGCUCAGCAUGUUUCGCUACGGAGGACUGCUAGAUGAGGUGAAGGACCAGCAGUGGAAGCAGGCGAUGGACUACCUGAGCGCCGUGACCGAACUCAACUACAUGACGCAGAUCGUCAUCAUGCUGUACGAAGACAACAACAAGGACCCGUCCUCGGAGGAACGUUUCCACGUGGAGCUCCACUUCAGCCCGGGGGUCAAAGGGUGUGAAGAUGAGGAGAACGUGCCGCUGGGCUUUGGUUUCCGACCCGCCUCAUCAGAGAAUGAGGACAAAAAGCCCAAUCAGGGAAGCCUGGAGGAUCUUUCCCAGGAUCAGACGGACGACGCUCUUCCAGUCACAGAGCUCAUCAACCUGCAGAGACGCUCUCCGAUGAUCCGCAACCGCAAGACGGGCUCCAUGGAGGUCCUCUCUGAGACGUCGCCCAACCAUUCCUCCAAAGGCUGCACAUCCCAUCGGCUCUUCCAGUCGUGUUCCCGCCAGUCUCCUGAGAUCAAACCAGCCGGAGGCCUAGGCUCACUCUGCUCUGGCCUCUUCAGUGCCUCAGCCCUCGGGGUGUCCUCUAGCGCCCCCAACUUGCGGGAUUACGUCCGCACCCAUCACCACCACCACCACCGAAAACCGCCUCUGUCCCCUGGCAGUCUGCCGUGCAAGAUUGGCAUGUUCGAACUGCUCUCUAUGCCGGCAGUAAAGAGGUUUUCUGUGUCGUUUGCCAGGCAUCCGACCAAUGAGCCCUCAGAUGAACUCGCUGAGCUGGCGCUGCAAGGGUUUGACCCUGUCGCCCUGGACAGAUCCUUCUCCUAUCACCUCCACCACUGCCCCUACCACCUGCGCCUCCUCAGGACCCAGCUGAUCUGCGGCUUGGAGUUCUCCGACUGUCUCCACGGGUUCGAAGGCUGCUCUAUGGUGCCCUCUAUCUACCCGCUGGAGACACUGCACAACUCUCUCUCCCUGAAGCAGGUGGAGGAGUUCCUCAGCAAGGUGUGCGAGAGCAGCGGGGAGGCCCAGGCCAAAACCAUGAAAGCACUUUCUGGUUUGUUUGACUCUCAAAGUCAGACGUCUCUCUACAGCCCUCAGCAGCCUCUGUCCUCCUCCGGAUCAGAGGCGUCUCUCCGUCCGCCGGGCCAGCCUCUGUGGCACGGCAGCAUCCCAUCCAGCGCCGUGUCCAGCGCGGGCCCCUCGUCCCCGACCACAGACACCUCCGGCCUCGGCCUCAACUUCAGCUUCAGCGAGUAGCUCCGCCUCUCCGAGCGACCAGAAAACCACGGCGCCGCUGAGGAGGCCGUGCGAAGGACGUGUCAGAGUUUGCUUCCUCUUUACGUUUUAAACCGGAGCCGUUGGGCUCUGAACCAACGACACAUUUCCACUGAGGAACACUCUGAGCGCGUCACACCAGCUUUCACACACACACACACACACACGCACACCUGUGCCUUUCAUACGUUUUUCAGUGCCGUCGCAUCAAGUGCCUGCUUACUUUUUUUUUCUUUUUUCCAUUUCAAAUUUACCAAAUACGUUGAGCUAAAAAGCUUUAAACAUUUUUUUUUAUUUUUUAUUCUGUGCCGUCAUUAACAUUUACCCCAGAAACCGACUGUCAAAGGAACCUCCUGCUGUGUGGAUCAGUGACGUGCGGUGAGGUUCAAAGCUGGUGAGACACUGACUUAAUCGUAAUCAGAUUUACAAAUAUAGACCCCCUGCAUGUUAUUGUUUACAUAAGGAACUUUCGCGCAUGCGGACAACGCUGGAGGGCAAAAACACUAUUAUUUAACACGUCAUCCAGAGCCGCGCUAUUUCGUGCUGUGUGCCACAGCAAAGGCAAAAACCAUUAAAGUACAACUCAAAACCACGUCUUUCUCGCUUUCUGCAUAGGCCAGGCUAUGCACAUACUUGUUGCCAUAGAAACUCACAAUAACGCCCCUACCAAAAGCACUGAAAUAUUCCCCACACAAAGAGCAGAACAUUCAGUCUGUUGCAGUAGUAUGGUUUUAGGCAUAAUGUUUAUUUUGCGAUUGUUAAUAAGUGAUUGAUGUGGUAAGAGGAGAAAACUAUAAAUAUAAUCACAACACUUGACUUUGCUGUAUGGCUAGCAGUAAAGUGGAGUGACUUUGUCUGGGAUCGUGAGCGCCCCCUGCCAUGAGGCAAGAGAACUGCCUGCCUCACCUCGACUGUUCUCUGACGUUUCUGAUCGAUCCUCAGCUCUCGAAACAGGUUACACAAACACAGCUGGUGACAAAAAACACUUUACAUUAUAUACAUGAGCUAAAUUAUGAAAAAUCAGCUCAUUUAUUUAGUGUUUUUUAACCAUUUUAUUGGCGACGUACAGACAGGAGGAACAUGCUCUCAUAUGGCAGCCAGUGCAGUUAGUGAGAGGUUGAUCAGCUGCUGCUGCCUCACUGGAUUCGCUUCCCAGCAUUUGAAUGGGAAAAUGCAAGAAUUCAGUGAUUUUGAAGAAAAAAUAAUCAGAAUGGGUUAAGUGAAAUGAAAAAUAGGUACUUUAUGAUACAAACCACAGGGUGAAAAUCUAAAUUAUUUUAUCAUUAUAUUUUUCCAUGAUGACAGGUGAGGCUCUGCCUCAGUUCCCUCUCCUGGCCUCACGUCACUGAUGUGGAUUUCCCCAGACUGGCAUCGGACACAUUUGAUCAGUUUAUGCCAACAACACAGUCACAUCAGAAUCUUUACACUUUUUUCCUCCCCGUUUCUGUUUGCUACUAGAGUUUUAGACCUCUGUCCUUCCAAUCAUGGUUUCACUUUAAUUCAUUUGUUCUUUUUGACAAAGGUGCAAAUUACGAUAUUUCAGACUGAAAGCCAAUCAGAGGUUACCCUGUGAACUCAUGAAGUCAGAUCACAAUGAUGAAUUGUAUUUGUGUGAUUAGUAGUUUCUUCAUAUUGACCAAAACAACGUAGGUUUUGAUUUUUUUAAGGUUUUGUUGUCGUUUUGUUACAGGUUUCCUCUGUAAUAUUCACACCACUCUGAUUGAUCCAUUAUUCACUCAUGUAUAUCUGCUGUUCAUUAGAAGCAAACAUAUUGUAAAUGUGCCUUUUUUUUCUUUUUUCUUUAACCAAAUCAUGUCAGGUAAUCAGAAAACAAUGCAGUGUUGGAAUUGAAGAAACCACUAGUUUAGGGUUAAUCUGACAGCAGAAUUAGGAAUGCUUUCUGUUCUGCACAGCUAUUAAACUAUAAUGAGGUCUCGUGGUCUUCGCUUACUUUCUCUGGCGUCUCAUUAGUCAUAAACGGACUGGAGUUUUCUCCUGCUUUAUGAAGUAGCGUAGCGCUUAGCUGGCUAAAGAAAGAUGGCUGCUCUUUCUUCACGAUAACAAUCAAUUUAGUUGUUUUGGAAAUGAAGAUAUUCCCAGACUAGAGGAAGAACCACCCAUCCCCGUUAUGUUACGCGGUAACUCUGUUUAGCAGUUAGCAAAGCUAGCAGUAGCAUCUCUGAUAACCAGCUAAUAUAAGUUUUUUACUGUUCUGCCAUGGAGCAGAAUAUUUAACUGGUCUACGGUAGAACAGUUAAAUGUAUUAUAUGUUGUACAAUCACUAGAACUAUAAAAGAGGUGUGCCUAACAGAAGGGCCAUGUCCAAUGAACUGGGUAAGUCCAGCUCAUUCAAUGCUGCGUCAUAGCAGCAGCUAUGCUAGCUAGCAGCAGGUCAGCCAUUUUCUCUUUUUCUUUCUCCAAAGAGUUUUUGUGGCGCUAGUGGCUCGUAUUUUUGCGACAGUAGACAGACAAGAAGGAGGGCGAGGAGAGGGGGGAAGACAUGCGGAAAAGGUCGUCGGGACCGGGAGUAGACCCGCGAGUCGAACCGUCGCGGACUGAGGGCUCCAAAUGUGGGGCGUGUUAACCCCCUGCGCCACCACAGCACGCCCCGGGUCAGCCAUUUUCUAAUCAGCCUACUACGUUUCCCCACUGGUUGAACACAUACAGGUCAGUUGGAAACUGUGAUUUUCUGUUUAUUAAAGGAAAAUAUGUCAGACCUGCACACGGAGGAGGGGGAACAUGUGGCCUGAAGUUACAGAAGCUAUAAUAUAGCAAUAAUAAUAUAAUAGCUUUGCUCCAAAACUAUCAGAUCCAAAGUUGAAUUUAAGCUGAAUUUAAAGCAUCUGAAUUUUUUUGGUGCCUUGAAAACAAAGAACAGCAUCUGUUUUACUCUGACCAAAGUCUCCUAACUUUACACUUUGAUCUCUUUUUUUUUUUGCGAGCUUUGCUUCAGCCUGUUAAAGCUUAGACAGAACCUCACGCAGCAGAAAAUCUUCUCUAUCUCAGCUGAAACUGAAAUGUUUCCCAAAACUUUGAAAAAUCUGCUGUAGCAUCAGAUUCUGAUUUUUUUAUGAUUUUGUUUGUUUUGUUUUUUUUGUUUUUAUUUAAUGAGGUCUGUUAGAUUUGCUUGUUUUACAGCUGAUUUGUUUACUCUAUUGUUUUAAUGUCUGCCAAAGAAAUUGUGUGUUUGAUUUGCUUCAGAGAAGCAGAGUGGAGCUGUAAAAGUUGGUAAAGCUGUCCAGGUCAGGUUGGUGAUGCCGGACAGAUGAAAAGUGUUGAUAAUAAAAUAAAAAUGAUGUCAAAUUGA